GUGGAGCCUCCUGGCUCCGCUCCGACUGAAGCUACUCUGUGUGGAAAAGCCGGAGCGCCCUUCGCUCCGUUUCCUCCUAUUCUGCCGCCCAACUAUAGAAAAUUAUUCUAAAAAUGGGCUUUUUGGCUCCUAAAUCAGCGCUUUCUGUCUGUAGCUUGUUAUUCGCGCUCGUCGGCGUUUGUUCCGCAGGUUCGGACGCGCCGCGCGGUGUCGCGCUCGGGUUCGUCUUCGACCCUGAAGCGAAGUGCGAUCCGCCGUGCGAACAUGGAGGAGUCUGCAUCCGAAACAACACCUGCUUCUGCUCCAAGGGCUAUGAAGGGGAAAGAUGCCAGUACGGUGAGAUCAUUUGGACCGGUCAGAAGAACAGUCUAGUACGGCUGGUGGUAAAGCAUCUAGCAGCACCUCAAUUAUGGACAUUCAAUUGUCUUUUCUCAGUGACGUGUUCUGGCGGAUGCUGGAACGGGGGGGAAUGCACCGCCGUCAACGGAGUGGCCAAAUGCAUUUGUCCUUCCGGCUGGACUGGAUCAGAAUGCCAGUAUCCGAUUUGUCCCCAGGGCUGCAGAAAUGGGGGGACCUGUAUGGCUCCAGGAAUCUGCAGCUGUCCAGAGGGAUGGUUGGGUGGUGCAUGUCACACUGCCGUCUGCAGUCAGACCUGUCUGAAUGGAGGGAAGUGCAUUUCUCCCAACAAAUGCCGCUGUCGGCCUCCUUUCUCCGGUCCUCGCUGCGAGGAGAGGAAAAAAUCCCACUAAUCAUUCCCAGACUGCAGAAUAAGCGUUUUUCAUUUGUAGCUAAAACAUUGUUCUCUAUACCUUUUUUUUAAUGCAGCAUAUUUUUAAUACAGCUUUUUUUUGUAUUUUUUUUUUAAAUACUGUAAAUUGCCAUUAAAUUACAAAAA